AUGCUCGAGUUUGGUUACAAGAAGCUUCCUGUCUACUGCUACAUGGAUGGUGAUGACCUUGGUGAUUGUGGAGGCGGAGGAUGGACGCUGGUCAUGAAAAUUGACGGCUCAAAGAAAACGUUCCACUACGAUUCAUCUUACUGGACCGACCUGAAAUCAUAUGGAGUCCAUGAGGGGAAAACUGGUUUGGACGGGAUGGAGGCCAAGCUACCAUCCUACUGGGCCACACCCUUUACCAAGAUCUGCCUUGGGAUGACGAUUGGGGUAGAAACCAGAUUCUAUCUUCUGGACAAGGAGGCUAGCUCGCUCUACUCCCUGAUUCAGGAUGGUAAACACCGUCCUACCAACCUGGGUCGCGACGAAUGGAAGAAGUUGAUCGGUUCUCAAGCCUCCCUGCAGCAAAACUGCGAAAAAGAAGGUUUCAAUGUUCUGAGUGACAAUGCCGGUUCAUCCAAGGCACGGAUAGGCAUUGUGGGCAACAAUGAAGAUGAUUGCAUCACCAGCGACUCCAGAAUCGGGUUUGGUACUGGAGGAUAUCCAGACGACACCAACACGUGUGGGAACGUGGCUCAGCACGGAGGAGAUAGUGGAGACGAAUUCAUCAAGGCCAUUGGAUACAUCUUCGUUCAGUGA